AUUGUGUUAUUUAUUUCUUGCAUUAAACUCGGACUUCCUGUUGAACCUGAGCCGGUGUGGUGAAUGGUGAGUUCCGAUACCUUAUCAGAGCCACCAGACGGGACGUGCAAGCUGCGCUCCGAUCCCCGCAUGCAGCCUGAUGCUGUAGCAGCUGCUGCCGCCAGGCUUAUCUGCGCUGCUGCUGAUGCUGCAGCACGUCCAGCUCUGGAUCUCAGCAUGGAAACGUGAAGGAAAGCCGGAACCUGCUGCUCGACAGGGAGCAGCCCAGCCGAACCCGGGUAAACACUGCAGGUGUUUAUCUGAUUUAUCGCCGCCGUUCAGUCGCGCCUGGAGCGGGAUUUUACCGCUGGUUGCGUUUCUUAACUCACCUGACGCGGUGAUUUCUGCGUAAUUCUCGAUGUGAGCUCCUCAGGUGGAGGAGCGCCCAUCCAAAGUUUACUGGUGUUUUUCCUGGGAGGAGGGGAUGGGAGAGACGCUGAUUGGAGGUGAAUUCAUUCUGGAUGGAUGCUGCUUUCAGACCGAGCAGCGCCUGCAGGCGGAGGAUGCAUGAGCGGCGCUCAGCGGCUCGUUUCGGUCGGGAAAAGUUUGUGGUGGAGGAUGGAGGCGGCUCUCCGGAUUUGGUUUCUUGGCGCACACUUUGCGCAGUAAUGCGCUCCAGCACGUGGGUUUCUUAAGGCUCAGACGGCGCGUGCAUGGAUCCAUAAUCCAGUUUGUUAAUGGAGGAUGUUUCCAAACUGUGGAGCCCUGCUCAGGCUGGAGGGGAGAGCAGCGCACACCCAGAUCCAUCCCGGAACCAGAACAGUUUCACUUAACCAGUAUACAACAAAAAUCCCAAAAUGCUGAGCUGCGGAUAGAGACCUGCCUCCCUGUUCCUCCCCUCCUCUUUUUUAUCAUUUUUCCUUGUUACUCAUCUUAGUCUUUUCCCUUCCUCUUUCCCCAACUCACCUCCUCCUCCUCCUCCAUAACGCUCAUUCCUCUCUUCCUCCCUCCCCUAACCUGAGACUUCCUCCUCCUCCUUCAUCCCGCAGCACACAUGCAGGCCAAGAAGCGGUACCUGCUUGUGUCUGUGGUGGCCGGUCUACUCUUCCUCGUCUACCUGUGGGGUCUGCAGAUUGGGGAGUUCCAGCAGCAGCCGUACCAUUAUCCCCAGAUUCACCAGUACCACCAGCAGGACUACCAGUACUACUACUACCAGAGGAAAGACGUCUACCAGCCGCGGCCGCUGCCCCAGAGACUCCCGUCCAGACCGGCGCGACGCUGGCCGGAGCUGACCGAGCUGCUGGACCCCUACCUGGAGGGAGGAGAGCAAGAGGAGGACAGCCCUCAGCUGCACCACCAGCACACCUCGCCCCACGAACGACGGGCGAUCCGAGACAACAUCUACAAGAACAAGCGCUGCCGCAUGGAAACCUGUUUUGACUUUUCACGCUGCCAGUCGGGUUUUAGGGUUUAUAUCUACCCCCCGCAGAGAGGCGACGAGAUCUCAGAGACCUACCAGAAAAUCCUGUCAUCCAUCCGGGAGUCUCGGUUCCACACGGCGGACCCCUCCCGGGCCUGCCUCUUCGUUCUGGCCGUGGACACGCUGGACAGGGACCAGCUCUCGGCUCAGUACGUCCAGAACGUCAGGGCCCGCAUCCACAGCCUGCCGACGUGGAACGACGGCCGGAACCACCUCAUAUUCAACCUGUACUCUGGCACCUGGCCGGACUACACGGAGGAUCUGGGCUUCGAAGUGGGCCAGUCCAUCCUGGCCAAGGCCAGCGCCGAUGUGGCCAAUUUUAGGCCGAACUUUGACAUCUCCAUCCCGCUGUUCUCCAAAGAUCACCCUCUGAAAGGAGGGUCAGCCGGUUAUCCGGCACGGAGCGACGCCUCGCCCUCCAGGAAGUACCAGCUGGUUUUUAAAGGGAAGCGCUACCUGACCGGCAUUGGCUCAGAGACGAGAAACGCUCUCUAUCACAUCCACAACGGGGAAGAUAUUAUCCUGCUGACCACCUGCAAACAUGGCAAAGACUGGGAGAAACACAAAGACUCCCGCUGCGACCGAGACAACCAAGACUACUCAAAGUUCGACUACCAGGAGCUGCUUCACAACUCCAGCUUCUGCUUGGUGCCGCGGGGUCGCCGUCUGGGGUCGUUUCGCUUCCUGGAGGCCCUACAGGCGGCCUGCAUCCCGGUUAUUCUGAGUAACGGCUGGGAGCCGCCGUUCUCCGAAGUCAUCGACUGGAGAAAAGCCGCCGUCAUUGGAGAUGAGAGACUGCUGCUGCAGGUUCCCUCCAUUACCCGAUCUGUGGGCUGUGACAGGAUCCUGGCUCUCCGCCAGCAGACUCAGUUCCUCUGGGACGCCUACUUCUCCUCUGUAGCCAAAAUAGUCUUAACCACUCUGGAGAUCAUUCAGGACAGAGUGGAGUCUCACGUGUCCAGAAAUCACCUGCUGUGGAACUUCCUACCUGGCGGUCUCUUCGCCUUCCCACAGUACUCAACUGACCCUGCCCAGUUCCCUUUCUACUAUUCCAUCCUGGGUAAGAGCCCAUCGCAGCAGUUCACAGCUGUGGUCCAUACGGUAACUCCUCUGCAGGCCCAGAUUUCCCCUGUGGUGAAGCUCAUCAUCGCUGUGGCCAAGUCCAAGUUCUGUGCACAGGUUGUGGUUUUGUGGAACUGUGACAAACCUUUACCUCCUCGAAAUAAGUGGCCCUCCACCAGUGUGCCUCUCACUGUCAUCGAAGGACAGACCAAGACGAUGAGCGGUCGAUUUUUCCCACACAACGACAUCAUCACCACCGAUGCUGUGCUCAGUCUGGAUGAAGACUCUGUUCUCUCAACCAAUGAGGUGGACUUUGCUUUUAUUGUAUGGCAAAGUUUUCCAGAGCGGAUUGUGGGUUAUCCGGCGAGGAGCCACUACUGGGAUAGUUCCAGAUCACGCUGGGGCUACACCUCCAAGUGGACUAAUGACUACUCCAUGGUACUUACAGGAGCAGCUUUUUACCACAGAUACUACCACUUCCUGUUCACUCACUACAUCCCAGCCAGCCUGCUGACCAUGGUGGACCGCAUGGCCAACUGCGAAGACAUCCUGAUGAACUUCCUGGUUUCAGCCGUCACCAAGCAGCCGCCAAUCAAAGUCACACAGAAGAAGCAGUACAAGGAGACCAUGAUGGGCCAGGGCUCCAAAGCAUCUCGAUGGGCUGACCCCGACCAUUUCGCUCAGCGACAGACCUGUAUGAACGCCUUCAGCCGGUGGCUGGGCUUCAUGCCUUUGGUGCACUCCCAGAUGAGGCUGGACCCCGUCCUAUUCAGGGACCAAGUUUCUAUACUGAGGAAGAAAUACAGAGACAUUGAGAGACUCUGAAGGCAAAACUCACACAAACUCAGAGCCUCAUCUGGAACAUGGCGGUUCUGGAGGACUAAAACGAACGAACGAACGAACAGAAUGGGGUUCUAUGAGAAGAAAAACCUGCAGGCAAAAGAUCAAAAUGUGGAGAAAGGACUGCUUGUUUUUAUGGAAAAGUGUGAGAAAUAUACGGCGGAGAAACAAGCAAGUAUGCCAGUCAGAGAUAUAUAAAUGGUCACCCACAACAUUAAAACCAUCGGUGUUAUAUGGGCAGAAGAGGAUUAGGGACACUGAGAAAGAUAAUAAAUAAAUCUGAGUUUUUUCUCAUAAUUUUGACCUAUUUUUCAGAAUUAACGUUUUUCCUGAAAUUUGGACUUUUAAUCUCAGAUUAGUCAAAUUUCUGAGAAAAAGUCAGGAUUCUAUGACAAUUAAGUCUGAAUUCUUAUUGGUCAGAAAUUUGACUUUUUAUAUCAGAAGAUUAAAGUCAAAAUUCUGAGUCAGAAAUUUUUUAAAAGUACAAUC